AUGACAUGCACUGCAACUGCCAUGGCCGCCCCCAGCAUAAGCUAUCUUCUUUUCUCCAUGUUUUUCUUUCUGAUAAUGUUGCAUUCUAAAAUGUUUUGCAUGGCAGUGUCUUCAGAGGAAGAUACAAAGCUAUAUGUUGUUUACAUGGGCAAUGCUCCAUCAGAAGAUAAUGGGCAUUCUUACACAACAGCUGCUGGAUUGCACCUUGAUAUGCUUGAAUCUGUGCAUGGAAGCCGGGAUGCAGCAGAGGAAUCGUUGAAGUAUAGUUAUUGGAAGAGUUUCGGUGGAUUUGCUGCCAUGAUUUCUCCAUCCCAUGUAGAGCAGCUCUUAGAUAUGGAUGGUGUGGUUUCGGUGUUUGAAAGCAAGCACCUGCAAGUUUUAACCACCAGAUCAUGGGAUUUUAUUGGCUUUCCUGCAUCUGCACAAAACAGUAAUUUGGAUUAUCAAAGCGACAUUGUCAUUGGUGUUCUGGACACAGGAAUAUGGCCAGAAUCAGAGAGUUUUAAUGACGUUGGAUUUGGUCCAGUGCCAUCCAAAUGGAGAGGUGGAUGCCAAACAACACCAGAUUUCCCUGCCUGCAACAAGAAACUAGUGGGAGCAAAGUUUUAUCGCAGCUUAUCGAGUCCAAUAUUUAAAGAAGAUUUUCUAUCUCCAAGAGAUGCAACAGGUCAUGGAACACACACCUCCUCUACUGCUGCUGGAAAUUAUAUAAAAAAUGCUAGUCUUUAUGGAAUUGCUCAAGGAGAUGCAAGAGGUGGAGUCCCUGGUGCAAGGAUUGCUAUACAUCAUUUCUGUCCCAAAUACUUUGAAGAUUCCAUUGCUAUUGGAUCAUUUCAUGCAAUGAAGAGGGGAAUUUUGGUAGCAAAUUCAGCUGGAAAUACUGGACCUGACAAGAGAUCAGUUAUCAAUUAUUCUCCAUGGUCUCUAACUGUGGCUGCAAGCACCAUUGAUCGUAAAAUGGAUUCUCAACUUCUUUUAGGAAACAACAUCUCUAUAGAGGGAACUUCUUUAAACACAUAUACAAUGGAGCAACCAUGGUAUCCUUUAGUAUAUGGAGGUAAUAUUGCCAAUGUUUCUGGUGGUUUUAAUUCAAAUGAUUCAAGGACUUGCAGAUUUGAUACUCUAAAUCACACAAAAGUGAAAGGAAACAUAGUUCUUUGCUAUUCCUCUCUAACUGCACCAGAUCACUCUAUUUUUCAUGCUGGUGGUGCCGGCCUCAUUUUAAUACUAAAUGGAUUUAAUGAAACAGCUUUUCCAUGGCUUAGUCCAACUACAGUGAUAUCAACUAAACAAGCAGACCUCGUUUUUUCUUACAUCAAUUCUACUAGCUCUCCUACUGCGAUAAUUCACAAAACUACGACUCCUAAAGCACCAGCACCCAUUGUUGCUUCCUUCUCAUCUCGGGGUUACAAUCCAAUCACUUUUGACAUUCUUAAGCCAGAUAUUACUGCACCAGGUGUAAACAUUCUAGCAUCUUGGUCAAAAAAAGCACCACUCACUCACAAUAUAGAAGAGACAAGAUUCCCUGACUUCAAUACAAUAUCUGGAACAUUCAUGUCAACUCCACACACUGCAGGAGCUGCAGGAUUUGUUAAGUCACAUCAUAAUGAUUGGUCUCGUACUGCUAUCAAAUCAGCUCUAAUGACUACAAUAUUUAUAAUGGAUCCAACAUUGGCUGGAAAUGGAGAUGUAGAAUUUGGGCAUGGGGCUGGGCAAAUUAAUCCAAUUAUGGCCACUAAUCUAGGGCUUGUGUUUGAUGCAACCCUAGAUGAUUACAUCAAUUUUCUUUGUAGAGAAGAUUACAAUGAUACCACAUUACCUCUGGUGAUAGGGGACUUUAGUAAUUGUGACUCUAUAGAGCCAUCUAAAAAUGGAGGAAGACAACUUAAUUACCCUUCAAUCAUGGUUGUUGCUAAACCAGGAGAACCUAUUCAAGCUGAAUUUACCCUUCAAUCAUGGUUGUUGCUAAACCAGGAGAACCUAUUCAAGCUGAAUUUCCUAGAACAGUUACUAAUGUAG